CAUGGCGGAGAGACGAGCAGGAAUUCCGGGUAGAGCAACUCUCGGUUGCCCGGCGACCAGCGACCCGUCGCAGCUAACCAGCUGUUAGCAGCUUCUGCUUGGACACAGCUGCCAGGGCAGCUCGAGAACAGGGCAGACUCUUCCGGGGAUGAAGACAAGUGCUUCACCCUGAUGCUCAGAGUUGGACCGCUGGGAGCUUUGUUUCCACAGGAAGUCCUCGAAUGAACUAAAGACGAAUUCUUUUUUUGUGCAGAAGUGACAGCAUGGAGCUCCUGUACCUGGACGAACUGUCUCACGGACUGGCAAACUUGUCCAUGUUUCCGUACUUUGACAUGGCGCACUACAUCGUGUCCGUUAUGGCGCUGCGGGAGCAGCCAGGAGCUCUGGAGGUUUCCAGAGCCAGCCCCUUGGCCUGCUGGUUCAGCUCUAUGCUCUACUGCUUUGGGGGGGCAGUGCUGUCGGGGAUCAUGCUGGCCGAACCCCCUGUGGCGCCUCUGUCCAACGGCACUGGGGUUCUCCUUGCCUCGAUCGUCUGGUACCUGAUCUUUUACUGCCCCAAGGACGUGGUUUACAGCAGUGCAGCCUUGCUGCCCCUCAGGCUGGUGCUGUCAGGAAUGAAGGAGGUGACGAGGACAUGGAAGGUCCUUGGAGGAGUCACUCAGGCACGCCAAAAGUACAAGGACAGUCUGCUGGUUAUGAUAGCCAUUGGCUGGGCCAGAGGUGCUGGAGGAGGUCUCAUCAGCAACUUUGAGCAGCUCGUUCGAGGCGUUUGGAAGCCAGAGACCAACGAGCUCCUCAAGAUGUCUUACCCCACAAAGAUCACCCUGAUCGGGGCGGUGCUGUUCACUCUCCAGCAGACCCACUACCUUCCAGUGCAGAAGCACCACCUGAUGCUCGUCUACACCAUCUUCAUUGUUGUCAAUAAGUCUCGGAUCAUGCUGACUGGCUCCUCUUCCUCACCUUUCGCCACUAUCGAGUCGGUUCUUUACAAGACCCUUUUUGCAGGCCACUCCCCUUACUCCGCCCUCACGGGUGAGGCAAAGGAAGCGUGCAUCAAUAACGACAACGCAAAAAGGGAAGCUAAGGAGAAUGGAUCCUCCAGAUCUCCCAGUGCUGCCGUGGAAGGACGAAGCAGCUCCUUGAGAGCCAAAGAGGAGUCUACGAGCUCAGACACAAAAGACUCCAAGAAGAUCAACUAGCUCGCCUUUAGCAUGUAGCAGUUUUUCAGCAGCAGGGUUAUGGAGUCAUAUUUGUCUGAUUUGCUGUGUUUGUAUGUUUGUUUUGUUUUUUGUUGAAGUGGAUGAAAGCAUUUUCUUUGACAAAAGCUUUUGAAUGUGCUGGACUUCUGCAAACUCUGCACCUUUCUCUGGGAGCUGUGAAGGACUUCCUGUUCAGGGGGGGGGGACUUCACAGGACGCUUUGACCAAAUACACCUUCAAAUAUAUAUUUAUUUUUAGAGCAAAAAAAUUUAUAUUCAUAUUUCAAGGUUUUGGGGACCAAUGCUGUUUACCUGCUGGAUUAAGAAUGUAUUCGCGCUUUUGUUUAAAGUCUAAAAAAGUUUAAAAUUUCUUAUUCUAACGCUUCUUUUUAAAAAGAUAUUCAGAUGUUUUAUUAUAUUUUUGCAGAAUAAAUGCACUCUUGAAUGUCAAAUUUAUAGAAAUGGAAUGCAACUAUAUUUUGUUGGAUUGAAUGCCUUAAAUGAAAACUGACAAUAAACAGGUUUCAGUGAGA